UGUUUAUAGUUACAUGUUCGUGUUUUUUUUUUUAGGUUGUUGCACUAUUAAUUAGUGCACUGGAUAUAAACUGCCGGGACACCUUUGGCAGCCGUAGUGUUUAAAUAGGCAGCCCUUUGCAGAGUUUCUGGUGAUCGUUGCUCUUCUCACUUUUUUCCCUCUCGCCUUGACGUCUCCUUCAGUGUCCCGGUGCUCACACUCCGGCUGCCGCGUCACGCGGCUAAGGUUCAUGAGUGCGCCCAGCUUCUUCUCGCGCUGUCACUCAGUAUGUCGCCUCGGAGGGAACUGUGACUCUCCUGUGCCCUGCUCACUGUAACCUGCUCCUUGAAUUUUAUGAAGCGGUCUAAUCACUUUCUCCGUCCCAGCUGAACUGCGGUUUGAAGUUACGUCAGACUUGAGGGAAAGUGCAGGGCAAGCAAGUAACGCAGUUAAGGAGCUAUUUUCAGACAUUACUGCCAAACCUGUGUAGACUGCUCAGUGCUCCGCGAUCAAUGCAAUUAAAAAACUUUACUGUAAAUCUAACAACAUGUGGUAAGUUGUUCUUUUGGAAAUUUCAUCUGACUAUUCCAUCAUUUAAUCGUGUUUUCAGUACAUCAGUACGGAAUAACUUGACACUGAUUAUUAUUUUAAUUAAUGUAAGCAUCACUAACCUAUUGAAGACGUAAUGCUUUGAAACGUUUACUAUCCGCAUCAGCAACUUUAUCAAUAUUAUUUUUGUAUUUUUUUUUUUUUUUUAUUAUUUUAUAAUAUGCCUCACACUCGCAACAGGAACCCCAGUCCAAUCCCUGAGGUGACUUGGGACACUGGGUUGAAAGAAAUGAACGAAACUUGGAAGGGAGCAAUCGCUUGUCUCGGAGUGGCGAUCUUUUUUGUGAUGACCAUUGGGAUCAUUUAUUGGCAAGUGGUGGAUCAGCCCAACAAGAACUGGAUCUUAAAGGGGAGUUUUAGCGGUCUCAUCUGGGAAAGGAGGACCCACUCACUUAUUAUACAGACGUUGACAGAGGAGAAGACCUUUGUGGAGAUAGACGUGGGAAACUUUCCUGACAUGGAGUACCCUUUUGUAAAAAACCUUUGCUCGCUGAACAAGACUGAAUUUUGUUACACCUGGGACGCCAUAGCGGACUUAAAGAUCUCUUUCGAAUCGGAAUAUCCAUCUGAAUCGGAGUGCUAUAGCAUCAUCUGGACCCCACUCCACUGUAAAGUGGAUUUAAAGGAUUGCUUUUCAAUGAACAAUGUUUCCUGGUAUGGUGGAGCAGGUGUUCAAGCCCAGAAUUGGCCUAUCAAUAAUGAUAAUGUUGAAUUACAGCCUUUUGUUGUGAGCAACUUGAGAAAUAAUCCAUCAGGUUAUGGAUCUGUCUUAGAGCGAUACUUCUUAGGUUCAUCUGGUGUGGCUUUACUGAUUGCUCAGGAUAUUCCAGUUCACAUUUCUAUUCAGCAUAAAAAGAGCAUUUGCUUGCAAACUCCUCCUAACAAAGAACUGAUGCCAUUGCAAUAUACAGUGUGUGUUAGCCGCAACAUGAAGACUGUGCAUCAAGAAGUGGAAAGUCAGUUAUUGCAACAGCCACGAGCACUGCCAAAUACUAACAUCCUAAGGUUACCAUUCUGGAAGAUGCUUGCAAAUGUAGAUUCAGCUGCAAAAGUUGAAAGAGAGCUGCGAAUAUUUUUCAGCCGUUUGAAGCGACAUGACCUGGGUGAAGGAGUAAUUAGCAUUGAUGAACAUUCCACAUUGUUAAUUUCUGACAUGGACCAUGAUUCUUUCUUCGGCAGGAAAAAACAUAUAGCAAGAGAAAUCUGGGAUCUUCCAUUUGUUAAACUUCUAAACAUUUCCAUUACCCUGUCGCCAUACACCAGUGUUGACACCAGUCAAUUCCAGAGUUUAUUACAAGAGGGUAAAGAAAACAUUUGGCUUUCUUCACAAAGAGAUGCAUAUCAGGCACCAUUGUUGACAAAAUGGAAGGGCAAGUUUUCUGUGAAACUAAACAUCACAAAUCACAUUGCAGUCAGCUGGUUUUUGGACAGAGUGAACAAAUGUCAAGAGAAGCUAGGAAUGGAAUAUAUCACAUUAGAAGGUGGAGAAGGCAACCUCUUUACAGAACAUGGUCUGAAUGCGCCUAAAAUUUUGGUUGGGGAUGAAUACAUUGGUCUCUUAGCUGCUUUAGCAUCCAGAAUUGGGAAAUCAUCGAUUAUGACAGCUGGGACAAGAUCCAGCCACUUACCUGUUUUUGUUCGAAUGACCCCACUGGAGUCUGACUGGAGCUAUUCUGGUUUAAAGGGCAUUAUUCCUUCAGUUCUACACUACAGUCUUCUGGGAUACAAUUUCUUCAUUCCUGAUGCAGUAGGUGGUUCACUGUCAAAUGAAUUCGUUACAGAUGAGGAACUGUUCAUUCGCUGGCUUGAAAUUGUGACUUUUCUGCCUGUUAUUUCCUUUAGAACACCACCCUGGGUUUGUGGAGAAGAUAUGGUGCUGAAUCUUACGAGGACCUAUAUAACCAAACAUCGUGAGUUUGUGGUUCCUCUCAUAAUUAAAUAUGCAGAUGAGUGGGCUUCAAUGGGGACGCCGAUUUUUCGCCCACUUUGGUGGAUUAGUCCUGAUGAUCCAACAACUUAUACUAUUGAUGAUGAAUUUCUUAUUGGAAAUGAGUUACUUGUGGCCCCAGUGACGGAGCGUGGUGCUGUGCAGAGGAACAUCUAUUUUCCAGGAAGUGAAUAUCAGUGGAUAGAUACAAGCAAUGCCAGAGUUUUUGAUGGUGGGACGCAGGUGGACAGCUACCCUGUUGCUUUAGAAGAAGUGGCUGUUUUCCGUCGUUUGGAUUUUUGAAGAGCUCUUCCUUUUUUCACAUUAGUCUUCAGUAUUUUUUUAUACAUUAAAACACUAUAAGUGUAAUGUGACAAGACCAUGUCUCAAGACAGACAUUUCUUUUACUGUGUAUACUAUAUUUGCACUUUACCAACCUUUCUUUAUUGAAGUGGCUUUUUAAAGUAUCUUAUGUCCUUUGGCAAUAUUGGCAACAUAUUUUGCAGAAGACUGAUUUGGGCGUUUACACUGGAUGCAUCCUGACAAGUUCUUUCCAAAGUUUACCAAAACAAUGUUUUUGUUUACCAAUAGAGUGAGUUCACUUUUGAAUAUAUAUAUUUUAUAUAUAAAAGACUCUCUAUUGAAGUGAAAGUCAUUUGAAUUUGUGCAGAUUUAAAGUUCUUUGCUGUGCCACAUUUACAGAAUAUCAAUUAAGCAACUUUGCUGGAUUUGUUGAACAGUCGUGAUGUGCGUCAGUCUUCUUAUGAUGUUUCUCAUUUCACCUAUACUGCUAUUUUACUGUUUUGUGACAAAAUGGUGUAAUCCUGGAGCUGUUUAAGUCAAAAUCACACACAAAAGGCAUCUACUAAGGAAGUUGGGGUGGAAUGUUUUACUCAGUCAGCUUCUAGCCUUUAUUUGAUAGAACUUUAGUACAGAUGUAUCAGACGAGACUUCCAUUAUACAUUGCAAACAGCUUUUUAUGACAGCUGUUUUUUCUUUAGUACAGACAUUUGUGCCUUCCUGUGUUUUAAGCAUCAACUUUUACACUCCUAAAGCUUCUGUAUGGCCUCUGCAUGCUUUUGCCAUGUUCAUAUGGGUUUCCUCUCACAUUCCAAACUCAUGUUGUUAGACCGAUUUAACCCAUUGUUCAUGCAAGCAGAUAGAAAUCAUUACAAAGUUGACUCCUGCCUUGCACUUAACAGAGUCUGAAGAAGCCCAGACUCUCUAUUUUAACCUUGUGAUGAAUUAAGUGGUUAAAAGCUGAUAAGGGAGUGCAAACAAUCAUUUUUACAUAGUGCCUUUCAUACAGCAUAAUUACAUGAGUUACUUCAAAAAGCACAGAAGAAUACAAAUAUCUUUUUAUGUAGAUUCCUUUUGAAAAGACAAGGCAAAAUUGUCUUCAGUGGCACUUGAAAUUGUGACCUCUGAAAUGGCAGGAGGGAGAAAGGAGUUCAGUUGCAGUGGAUUCAUGUUAACAUCUGAAAUCUGUUGGUGGUAUAUAAAUCAGGAUGAUUAGCAAAAAACUAAAGAGAUACUUAACUUCAUUUUCCAUUUUUUUUUUGUAUCAGACUGGCUCAAUCCAAUUUAAGGUCAUGGGAUUCCUAGAGCCUGCCUCAGCAGCACUAGAUAGGCAGUGAACUAUCUCUGAACAAGACUCUACGCUGAUUUUUUCUUUUGGUUAUCUCUGCGUUCCAUGCAUGGUGUUUUGGUCCUCUGUGACUUGAAAUUGGGUUAGGUAAGAGAAUGUUACACACACAGAAUUCUAUAGCAUACUUCUGAUAGUAUUACUGGCAUCCUGUCCAGAGCUGAUUAUUGCCUUCUGAAUUGAAAAGUUGAGUACAGGUAAAGGAGUACUGGAUGAAUGAAAUAAAUUAAUCUUUGUUGUGCCUUUCACAGACUAUUUCAGAAAAAAUUAUGUAUUUUGUUUAAAUAUGUACCAUAUGUAUAGCAUAUAACACCUUGUGCAAAUCUUCAGAAUUUCUGGGGGUUUUUUGCUGCUUAAUAAUACAAUGUGAGUUUCAUUAAAGCAGCAGAUUGUUUUGCUGAUAUACUUGUUUGGUGUCCCUUAAAUGUUUAAGGUCACUAGUGUAGUUAAGUAAGUAGAAUUUGGAAUGCUGAGGUUCCAACGCCUGGGAAUAAGGGAAUUUUGUAGGGUAUUAUUAUAUAAUCAUGGAGUGAGUGAGGCUUGCCAAAUUCAUUAUGGGUUGGCCUAGUCUUGUGCACCCUAAGCUUAACACACAGAGAAUCUAGGCAUACAUACAUACACAAAAUCACUGAUUAUGAGUGAUGCCUACAUAGUCUUAUCACUCUUCAGUACUUGAGACAAGGACUUGUUAGCUUUAGUUUUAACCAAUCAGACUGGUGUUCCCUUUACACCUCCCCUUUCCUCUCACUUAUUGGAGGCAUCCCACUGCAGCCUCAAGUCCCUUGGAGUACUGAAUAAUAGUAAUAAAAUAACAAAAGCAAAGUCUGACUACAAAGCCCUAAUUAAAUAAUACUUUUGUUUUAAAGUCAAAAAGCUUAACACCAAAUUUUUAAAAAUUAUUACUUAUGAAGUGAAGAGCAGUGUCCCUAAAAGGAGACCUAUAUGUGAUAGAGAGGGAAUGAGUGUCUUCAGAUGGGCCUGUCUUAUUCUGACGUAAGGUUGGUGGACAGCAUGCUGACACCCAGACAGUUGAGCUGCUCUCUUGUGCCACUUUUCCCAUAUGAGGUUCUUGACCCUGCAGUGUUACAGAUAAUUGGCUAUAUACUAUAAUGGAUGAUUUGUCCCAUAAGCUUUAAUCAUAAAAUUAUGUUGUAAAGUGCACCAGGCCUCUUAUUUACAAACUAACAAGUCAUUCUGACCUAAGAUUAUAACUUGGUAUACACUGAGACAAAAAGAAAAUAUGUAUAGGCUAGAAUAGAUAGAAAAUAGAAUUAUACAUCAAAGUAUAAAUCAAAAUUCCACAGCAGUUGAUCUAUGGCUAAACCCUGUGAGUGAAAGUUUAUCUUCAUAGAAAGAAUGUUCAUAAAUGAAUAUCUGUUCACUGAAGUUUGUCUGAUAAGCUUGCAGUAUAAAGCAGUUUGCUGAAGUUUUUGAAGCAAAAACGCUUUGGACUUCGGAAAGUUGAUUUUGUCUAUCAUUUGUGAUGGCCUCUUUUAACUUUUUUGCCUCAAGUAAAGAACUUAAGUUGUAUUUAUUAAUCCUUCCAUAUACUGAACGUAUUAAAAAUAAUUUUAGAUUUGUCUGUCUCAUAGCUCUGGGUGUAAGGCAGAAACAAACUUACCAAGGUGCCAGUCCACCAAAGAACACACUUACACAAACACUGCCAGGCUAGUUUGCAUUUUUCAGUUAGCCUAACCUGCAUAUCUUGGGCAGGAGAGAGGAAAGAAGUUUUCCUGGAGAAACCUCACCAAAACAUGACAACAUGCAAAGUCAAUGCAGAAAAUGGGUCACUUGUAAGACAGCAGCAAUAAUCACUGUGACUGUGUGAUAGUAUUUAAUAUGUAAAGUAGUGCUCGAAAGUUAGUGAAUCCUUCAGAAUUUUCCAUAUGCCUGUUGUGUGGUGGUUCUCACGUUCAGUCCUUUGUGGGUUGCCCAUUUGGCUACAGGUUUUUGUCUCAAACCAUUUCUUGUCUUAAUUGGAUGCUUACUAUAAUUAGGCAAGGCAUUAUUUCCCAAUUUACAAGUUUUAGCAUCCAUUCCAAAAUUACAAACUAGUUAUGCCGUAUUUCUACUGAAUGCAGCGGGAAUUUAUUUGUGCUACGUAGUAAGAAUUCAUUCUCUUUACUUAUAAUUUUGGUUUUUAAUGUUAUUUAGAUAUUUAUUUAGUAAUAUGCACACAAGUGGGUAACACCUCCUUGCUCCUUUCAAAGUCAUUUGUGCUAGUGUAUGCUCUGCUCAAAAUUGAUUGUCAGUAUUCAGAUGCAAUUAAGCAAAGUACACAGAAAAAGUAAAUUAAAAAUACAAAUAUGUCUUAAUGUCCUAUAAAUGUGAAGGUGACACUAACUGUGCUUUUCUAAAUGCAAAAUAAAAGGAAAAAAUCUAUCAGCUAAUUAAACAAUGAGAUCAAUUAAAGGUAACAAUGGCUGACCAUUGACCAAAUUAGUUGGAACAAAAACCUGAAGCCACAGGUAGCCUUCAGGACUGAACCUGAAAACCUCUGUUGUAGUACAUACUCAGCAAUAGGCCUGUAUACUGUAUAUAAUAUACAGUAUAUUAUAUAGUAUGUAGUAGUAGGAUUUUGAUGGUGCAUUAAAUACAUUUUUUUAAAAAUCCAUCCAUCAUCCAACCCACUACAUCCAAACUACAGGGUCACGGGGG